AUGGGUGCCUGUGGAAGUAAAGAAGCAUCGACAGAGGAUAGUGAGCAGAAGAAGAGAAGUCAGGCCAUAGACAAGGAACUCGAGCAAGAUUCGCGCAGAUUACGGCGAGAAUGCAAAAUAUUACUUCUUGGAUCUGGUGAGAGUGGAAAGUCCACCAUUGUGAAGCAGAUGAAAAUCAUCCAUCAGAAUGGCUAUACCCAAGAAGAGAGAGCGCUCUACCGACUCACGAUAUACAAGAACUUGGUGGACUGCAUGAAGGCGCUUCUCGGCGCGAUGCAGCAAUUCGAAAUCGAACCAGAAAGCCAAGAGGUCAAGGACUACGUGGAUUAUCUGUUAGAAUAUAAUGUGGACCCAGAUCCCGAUACUCCGUUAGAUCCCAAGGCUGCAGAUGCUGUGGCAGCCAUCUGGAAAGAUCCGUCGGCGUCGAAGACGAUGGACCGACAAAGUGAAUUCUAUCUGAUGGACUCCGCUCCCUAUUUCUUCGAAGAAGUCAAAAGGUUGGCAGCACCCGAUUAUAUACCCAACGAAGCCGAUGUCCUUCGAGCACGCACAAAGACGACGGGUAUCUACGAAACAAGGUUUACCAUGGGCCAGCUGAGUAUUCACAUGUUCGACGUAGGCGGUCAGAGAAGCGAACGCAAGAAAUGGAUCCAUUGCUUCGAGAACGUCACAUCAAUCAUAUUUUGUGUCGCCCUGAGUGAAUAUGAUCAAGUGCUUCUAGAAGAAGCCAACCAGAAUCGAAUGAUGGAAAGCUUGGUACUUUUCGACUCUGUGGUCAACUCCAGGUGGUUUAUGCGCACCAGCAUUAUCCUCUUCCUGAACAAGGUGGACUUGUUCAAGGAAAAGCUUGGUCGGUCACCUCUGGGCAACUAUUUUCCCGACUAUUCGGGUGGCAAUGAUGUAAAUCGGGCCGCCAAAUACCUCCUAUGGCGGUUCAAUCAAGUUAAUCGAGCUCAGCUCAACCUUUACCCUCAUCUUACCCAAGCUACAGACACGACCAACAUUCGUCUUGUUUUCGCCGCCGUCAAAGAGACGAUCCUACAGAAUGCCCUGAAAGAUUCAGGAAUAUUAUGA